AUUCAGAGCUAGUCUUGCUUAUCAGGCCCUUCCUUUCCCAGGCCCUUCCUUUCUCUUUUCUUUUUCUUUUUCGAUGUUCUCUCCUCUACGCAGCAGCACUGGAAGGAGUGGAUGACAAAUGGUAACCAGAGGACUGAGGUCCUAUAUGGGCACAACAUGACAUUUUCUUCCUGUGGAGUAGGCUCUUCCUCCCCUGAUGUCAGGGAUUUGAAUUUGUUCUUCAUCUCAAUGAUUGGGUGCUCAAAGGUGGAGCACUGACAGGUGCCAGCUUCCAUCCUUGUGAACACCCUUCUCCUUUCCAUGUUGUCUUCCUGGGUGUCUUGCUCAGUUUUGGCAAUCUCCUUGAAGACUCCUUGUUCUUGGCUUGUGGCUACUGUCAUCAGCCCCAGAUGCUCAGCAAUGGCACGCAACCUUAUCAUUGCAUCUUGGACCUGUCCCUUGCUUCUGCUUUUUGACAUGGUACACAAAGUACUGAGCUUCACCUCCUGACCUCUGCCUGGCUCCUAAGUACAUAUUUAGCCAUGAGCUCUAUCUCCAACACACUUUGGUGCAGGCAAACAAUGACAAGAGGAGAAAUGAAGAUUCCUUUUUAGAAAAAAAAAAAGGUUUUAUAGUGGGUUUUUACUAUCUUUGUGUUUGGUUAUGCAUAAAGAGCUGAACUUCCACAAGCAACAAACUACUUCAGAUGGUUCAUUUCCAUAUGCAGUGAUGGAAAAUCAAAGAAAUAGAAUCCAUAACUUUCUCUUACGAGCCCUUGAAGACCUUUCGCAAGAAGACUUCGACAGGUUUAAGGAUGAUUUAUCACAUUCUGACCCUGGGGGAAAGGGCAGGAUCCCACGAGGGCAGCUGGAGAAUGCCAACAGGAUAAAUACUAAGAACCUCCUCAUGGAUUUCUAUGGGGCAGAUGCUGCAGUGGAUGUAACCAUUGAAGUGUUCAUUCGGGUCAAUCUCAGGUACGCCGCUGCCCGACUGCAAGAGGAAAGACAGAAAGCUUUGGGCCCUGAUCAAACCCUUGGAAGAAGAGAAGAAGGUUACAGGGAGAAGUACACUGAACACGUACAGGACAAGUACGGAGUAAUAAAAGACAGGAACUCUCUUCUUGGUGAGAAUGUAAUUCUAAACAGCAGAUACACCAAGCUGAUUAUUGUAGAGGAAACACGUGCCAGAAAGGAAAGAGAACAUGAAAUAAUGGCCUCGGGACAGAGACAUGCAGAAAUCAUGUCUGAGCAAAAGAGAUCCAUCACCAUCGGUGACUUAUUUGCAGCUGAUGAAAAAGGGAAAACUCAACGAAUCGUUGUGUUGCUGGGAGCUGCAGGGAUUGGGAAAACACUGACAGCAAAAAAGAUCAUGUUUGACUGGGCGACUGGAAAGCUUUACAACGAGGCAUUUGAUUAUGUUUUCUACAUCAACUGUAGGGAAGUUAACUUUGACACUGAGCAGGGAAGUGUGGCAAAUUUGAUCCUAAGGAAUUGCCCUGAUCAACGUGCACCGAUUGAAGCAAUGUUGGUGAAUCCAGAGAGACUCCUGUUCAUAAUCGAUGGCUUUGAUGAACUGAGGUUUUCCUUGGAUCAGCCAGAAGAGAAUCUGUGCUCUGAUCCCUGGGAGAAGAAACCAAUGGAAAUCGUGCUGAGCAGUUUAGUCUGGAAAAAAGUCCUUGAGAAAUGCUCCUUACUCAUUACUACAAGACCAGCUGCUUUGGAGGAGCUCAGGCAGGCUUGCACAAUGAACGCUAAGUGCUUGCACAAUGAGCGCUACGCUGAAAUCCUGGGGUUUUCAGAAACCGAGAGGAGAGAAUACUUUGACAAAUAUUUUGGGGAUAAAGGGAAAGCAAGAAAAGCCUUUAAUUUUGUAAAAAGAAAUGAAAUGCUCCUCACCAUGUGCUUUGUCCCCGUUGUCUGUUGGAUCGUCUGCACUGUCAUCAAGCAGCAGAUGCAUGAAGGUGAAGAUCUUGCACAGACUUCGACAACAGUCACAGGAGUGUACCUGCUCUACCUUUUCAAUUUACUGAAGGACCCAAGAAGCAAGUCAAAGCAACUCCUGCAAACUAACUUGAAAGGACUUUGCUCCUUGGCUGCAGAUGGGGUCUGCAGGCAGAAAAUCCUGUUCGGGGCAGAGGAACUCCAGAAGCAUGGCUUAGAAACAGGUGACUCCCUCUUUCUGAAUGAGAACCUCUUUCAAAAAAGCACUGACUGUGAAUGCCUCUACAGCUUCAUCCACCUGUCUUUUCAAGAGUUUUUUGCAGCUCUGUUUUAUGCUGUGAAAGAAGAAGCACAUACGCAGAAGGGGAAAAAAUUAUUAGGAGGCACUGAGCGCACGCCUGUGACAACUUUGUUAGCCAACUAUGGGAAAUCUAUGAAUCAUUUAAUGCUAACAGUGAGAUUUCUGUUUGGUCUCUUAAAUGAAGAGAGAAUGAAGGACGUUGAGAAAAAACUGAGCUGCAAAAUUUCAUUGAAAAUUAAACCAGAAUUACUGAAAUGGUUUGAAGCAAAGCCCCAAACACCUGACUUGUCUCUGAAAUCUCAUUGGCAGAAGUCAGGUUUAGGAGCUCAGGUUAAAGCGUUUCAUCAGCUUGAGGAAUUUCACUGUUUGUAUGAAAUUCAAGAAGAAAAUUUUGUGCAAAGUGCACUGAGUCAUUUAAGAGCAGUGAAUUUAAGUUCUCAUGCAUUUACCCAAAUGGAUCAAGAGGUACUUGCAUUCUGUUUAAAAAACUGCCACAGAUUAGAUUCACUUCUUCUGCAAUUUUGCGACUUCAGAUAUGAAGCCCCAGAUGAAGAUGUUUCAAGAUCCCCAAAGCAGCCACCUCUGGAUCCUAGAAUAACUACUCACUCGCCUAUUUACCUGCUGUGUCAAGCACUGAAAGACCCACACUGUAAAGUGAAAAGACUAUGGUUGCAGUGGUGUGGUCUCACACCCGCCUGCUGUAGGGAUCUUGUUGCUGUUCUUAGCACCUGCCCCAGCCUGAUGGAGCUGGACCUGAGUCAUAACAUUCGUGUGGGGGAUGGCGGCGUGCAGCUGCUGUGUGAGGGACUGAGACGUCCCAGCUGCAAAUUACAGACGCUGCGGUUGUGGAAUUGCCAUCUCACACCCGCCUGCUGUGGGGAUCUCACUGCUGUUCUCAGCACCAGUCCCAGCCUGAUGGAGCUGGACCUGAGUUAUAACAGUGAUCUGGGGGAUGGCGGCGUGCGGCUGCUGUGCGAGGGACUGAGACAUCCCAGCUGCAAGUUGCAGACACUGCGGUUGCAGUGGUGCGGUCUCACAGACACCUGCUGUGAGGAUCUCGCCGCUGCUCUCAGCACCAGCCCCAGCCUGACAGAGCUGGACCUGACUGAUAACAAUGGUCUGGGGGAUGGCGGCGUGCGGCUGCUGUGCGAGGGCCUGAGACAGCCCAGCUGCAAGUUGCAGACACUGGGGUUGACCCUUCCCAAACUAAAUGCAGAAACAAAGCAAGAGCUGGAGGCUGUGAAAGGAGUGAAGCCUGGUCUGGUCAUAGAGCAAUUGGAAAAGGACCAUUUCCUCAAAGAUAAAGAUUGGUAGGAAAUCAUCCUGCACAGGCUGCCCUGCCAGUAGCUGGCGGGGCAGGGGG